AGGCAGGGUGGACCAGAGUCCGGGUUGACUCAUCUCCCACCUCACUGGAGCUGAGAUCCCAGCUGUGUAGCUGAAAACACCACCAUUUCAGCCCCAGCACAGCAGAGAACCACACAGCCCAGAACUCAGUGGGAGAGGCAACUCCCCUGCUCCUUCCCUCCACCAUGGAGUACCUCUCAGCCCUGAACCCCAGCGGCCUGCUCAGGUCAGUAUCCAGUAUGAGCUCUGAGUUUGGCAGGAAAGUCUGGACUUCAGCUCCACCACCCCAGCGACCUUUCCGUGUCUGUGAUCACAAGCGAACCACCCGGAAAGGUUUGACAGCUGCCACCCGCCAGGAACUGCUAGACAAGGCACUGGAGGCCUUGCUGCUGAGUGGAAUGCUAACACUGGUGCUGGAGGAGGAUGGGACGGCCGUGGAGAGUGAGGACUUCUUCCAGCUUUUGGAGGAUGACACGUGCCUGAUGGUGCUGGAGUAUGGGCAGAGCUGGACCCCCAACAGGAGUGGGGUGCUGUCAUACGGCCUGGGCCGGGAGAAGCCCAAGCACAGCAAGGACAUCGCCCGUAUCACCUUUGAUGUAUACAAGCAAAACCCUCGAGACCUCUUUGGCAGCCUCAAUAUCAAAGCCACAUUCUAUGGGCUCUACUCCAUGAGUUGUGACUUUCAAGGACUCGGCCCAAAGAAAGUACUCAGGGAGCUCCUCCGUUGGACCUCUGCACUGCUGCAAGGGCUGGGCCAUAUGUUGCUGGGAAUUUCCUCCAGCCUUCGCCAUUUAAUAGAAGGGGCCGAACAAUGGCAUUGGCAGCGGCAGGGUCGCCUUCAUCCCUACUGAGAAGGGGCUCCAAGCUGCUUUCUGCCCCUAGAUUCAUUCCAAGAGACACACUGUGAGGAUUGUGACAGCAUCAGCUUUGGAGAUCUGAAGACAGUGCAGAUUAGGUAACUCACCUGAUUUCCCCAAUGCCUUCUGACCCCAUUGUGACACGCCCCAUCAGCAUAACGCCUUACACCCCUAGCCUAUACCCUUUCCUGAAGAAUGCUGUCCCUUCCUAGCCAUCUUUCCAGCAUCCCACUUACCUGGAAAGGCCACAAGCCUGUCCCCAAGAAUCUUGACCCCACCCUGAUCACUGCUACAUCUAGAUUCCUUGCAACUCCUCCUGUCCCUAAGCUUCCUAGUGCACUGAAUUCAGCCCUUUCUGAUUUUACCUUGAGAUCUCUAUUUCUUUAUACCCUUUUCCCCAAAAUAACAAAAGCAUUUCCAAUAAAAAUAUAAAAAUGUU